AUUUCUGCAGAAGAUAGAAUGUCAUUGUCAAAUUCUAAAUCUUGGGACUGGGAUGGAGACCACCUUCUGGAGAUUAAAGAUAAAGACCUCUGUGAAGUACUCUGAGGAUCCUCUCUCCUAGCUGGAUGGAUGUGUGUGACCCUGUAAUUUACACCAGAAUGAAAAAUUUACUAUUUGGUGGAAAGACCAUACCACAGGACUUUGUGUAUUGUGAUCCCACUUAGGGGGAAGUAGAGGGCCAUGUGCAUUUUCUGGGGGCAGGCCCCUGGGUGCAGUCAGGCGGGAUCAUGCACUAGGGGCACACCCAGGACAGGCACCAAGGAGGACAAGGGGCCCAGGCCUGGGUGGGAAGUUGUGGGGAUGUGCUGUGGGGACAGGGACCCGGACCAGUGGCCAGAGGGCCUUGGCUGUUUGGAGCUACCUGACCAGCAGAGGCGCGCGGGAGUGAGCGGCAGGAGGUGGGGUGGUGGGGUGGAGGGGUAGGAAAGGGGCAUGCAGGCAUUGCCUGGAAAGGUCUGUAUGCUUAGGCACAAGGGAGCUCUGGAGAGGGGGUGGGGGAGGGGCAUGCAGGCGUUGCCUGGAAACGUCUGUAGGCUUAGGCACACCUGAGCUCACAGGAGGGGGCGGGGGAGGGGCAUGCAGGUGUUGCCUGGAAACCUCUGUAGGCUUUUGAUUCUUAGCCCUGCUCAGCUUGGGGUUCUGGGACACUUGGCGGGGUAGUCCGACUGGGCUGGACGCUUUUGUACCGCGGACCAGGACAGUUGUAUGACCGUCAGAUGUUCUCCUGGGCUGGUAGGCUGGGCUCUGGCCUAGGCCAUUCCCUAGGGGCCGUGGACAGCAGCCAGACCUCUUUGACCAGGGACAUCGAUAUUAAGAGACAUGUGCUGGGGAAAGGGACUUUCCCUGGGGAUGCCAGGGAUUUGGCAGAUGUCAUCUCAACCCAGACACAGAUCAGUAGACUCCUCCGUGAGAUUGAAACAUUGGAGGGUGAAGUGACUCAUUGGAAGAAGUUGUGCCAGUGUUCCACCCAGGGACCAAAUACCACCGACCCAGAAAUACUGUGGAAACUGAAGAGCCACAUCAGGGACCUAGAGCAGCGGCAGAAGCGGGAGCUGGACGAACAUCAGCUGGAGGUGGCGGGGUUGCAAAACACCCACCGGCAGAAGCUAGCAGACCUCACUGACCGGCACCGCCAACAACUUAGAGACUAUCAACGGAUGGAUCGGCUCUCCAAAGAGGAGAUUGGGAAACUCACUCAAAUUAUCCAGCAAAAGGAUUUGGAAAUUCAGGAUCUUUCUAGGAAAAUCUCUGCAGCUUCUCACUGCCAGAAUGGGCACGUGGAACAACUUCAGCGCCAAUUGCAAGAGUGUACUUUGAAAAGCGAACAGGUCUUGGUGGUCCUAAAUGAGAAGGCAAGGGAGAAUAGCCAUCUGAAAAGGAACUAUGACAGAAUGACCGAUCGACUUGCUGCCAAAGAAGCAGAACUCCAGAGGAUGCAAGAGGAAAAUCAAAAGCUGUCCACUAGAAUAGAAAGUAGUGGCCUAGAGUUGUUUAGAGAAACGAUUCGGAAUUUGUCACACAUCAUUCGAGAAAAAGACCUGGAAGUGGAUGCGUUAAGUCAAAAAUGCCAGACUUUAAUGACAAUCCUGCAGACACCCAGCACUGGUCAUGAGGUUGGAGGAGUUUCUAUUGAUCAGUUCCAGCAGCUUCUACAGGAACGGGACACAUUAGCACAGCGGGUGAAGAUCAUGGAGGAGUGGAAAGAGCAGGUGCUGACCACAGUCCAAAAUAUGAAGCGUGAGUCACCCCAGCUUCAGAGAGAUCUGCGACAACUCCAGGCGUGGGCUUGCACCAACAGCGAGGUUUUGAAACCACAGACGACCUCUCUUGACCAUAUCCACACUUACCAAGGACAUGAGAUAAACUUACAAGAGCUAGAGAAGGAACUGGCACAACUUCAGCUCCGCAUCGGGGAGCUCUGCAAUGCCAAGGACCUCCUUUUAGGGAAGCUUGAUGUGAUUUUCCACCGGCCCUCCAGCAACUCUGCAGAGGCAGCCAACUCUCUGAAGGCCGUGAAAUCUGACCGAGUGAGUGAGUCUUCUCAGGUGCUCCGAGAGGAGGUAGAAGAGCUCAGAAAAUCAGGGCAAGGAAAAGAUACAAUGAUUCAAACCCCCCAGGAAGAUCAGCAGAGACGGAUUGCUUCAGGGGCGGCUAUGGGGGAAGGAGAAGGGAAGCCACAGGAACACAGCGAUUCUGAUUCCCACAUGGAGCAGCAGAAGGAGAAACAGGCUGUUCUACAAGAUUUCCCUCAGCCUCAGGAGCUCCGAAUCCCAGCGAAAAGUGAGGAACUGCUUUCUUUACAGGAGAAGCUCAGGGGCCAACUGAGUGAGAAUGAGCUGCUGAGGCAGGCAUUCACCAGUCUGAAGGAGAGGAUAGCAGAUUUUGAAAUGGUUGUGUGUCGGCUGAAAGAGGAAAAUGCAAAGAUGGUGGAAACAUGUAGAGAAAAGGACAUGGAGAAUCAGGCCUUGCAAGAGACAAAUCGGCUGCUUUCAAAGAUGCGGAGGGAGGAGGAAUCCCAGCCUGCCGGUGUGAAAGAGAAGGCACUUGCUCUGGAGCAACUGCUGCGAGAGAAAGAACAGGGCGAGAGCGGGGAAUUGAACCGGCAUGUAGAUGCAGUUCAGUCAAAGCAGGAAAAGGCAGUUGUGGGUCAACAGGAGAGAGAUGAUGUAGUAUUGGCACAGAAACAGAAAGAAAUGGAAACCUGUGCUCACCAGAAGGAGGGUCACCAGUUACAUGAGAGAGAAUUGUGCCUAACCCAGGAGCUGGAGAGAGGGCGGCACGUCGUUGCAGAAGCCCAAGAUUCUCGUCGCCUGGAACCUUUGGCUUCAGAAAACCAAGGGGCUCAGCUAAGAGAGGAAAUGACGGUCCUGCAGGGGAAACUCGUUUUGUCUUCUGAUGCCAUAGAAAAGGGCAGCCAUGGAUCCAGUCUGCAGGUAGAGUCGCUGCUGGAGCAAUUGCAUGUGGUCACCCAGCAGAAAGAGGAAGCGGCGCUCCGGCUUGCCGCCUCCCAGGAAGAGGGAAGGCACUAUGAUCGAAGGCUAGCGAACCUCAAGCUGGAACUCGCUGAAUGGAUGGAAAAGGCAGACACCCUAGAAGGAAAACUGAAGUCGUUACAGGGACGAUUGCAUCAAACAAAUGCCGACUUGGAGGUGAAGGAGGACCAACUCCAAGAGUUCAAAAAACAGAAUGAGGUCCAGAAGGAAAUACUGGAGGACACACAGAAGAAACUCUUGACCUUAGUAAGUAAGGCUGAAGGAAUGGUGGACAAAACCCUCCUAAGGAGGCUCUUCGUGGGAUCUUUCCAGGCAGCUGAUGCAGAACGGCAAGAAGCGUUGAGGUUGAUGGCAAGCACACUGGGGAUCCAAGAAGACCAGUUGCAGCAGCUGCGUGGUCAAGAGCCCGCGGGUGUGCCCAGCGGGGUGACUAGGGGGCCUGGAUCCAGAAGCGCCCCCAAUGCACCUGGGAAGCCAAAUCACCAAGCUGUGGCCAAUCAUUCUUUUUCAGGACUUUUCGUCCAGUUUCUAGAAGCGGAAUCUCAUUCAGCUUUUCCAUCGCCAAACUCCUCUGCUCAUGACGUGAAACCCCCAGAUUCAGGAGGAAGGGGAAAACUGCCUAAGAAACAAGGCCCACCACGACUGAAUGCUGCCCUGGGAUCCACACCCGGAAAAAAAGAUGUCAAGCCCCGAACCACAGCUGUGUCUCUUAUUAACCCACCUGGACCGGAAAUGGAUGGGUCGGAGCACCUUCUUCUAAAUGUUAUCUCUGAUUCUUUACCCAGAUACACGCCCUAUAUACUGUCACCUGCCAAGAAGGUUGGAAUGGCGGCCAAAGACCUCUCAAAGAAAUAGAUGAUUGUCAAGCCAGAGACGAGACCACGCUUUGAAGAUCCCAAGUCACUCUGUGUGUCUACCUUAAUCCCAAAUGCCCUUUUUCAAAAUGUAAACUAUUUGCAGUUCUGCUUUCAGCUUAUUAAACAUAGUAUUUUAUGACUUAACAGAAAAAGGGGUCAUUUAAUAACUGCAGAAGUAUUUGCCAAAGUGAAAACAGUGGUGACUUCUUUUUCUUUUUUUAAGAUUUUUUUUUAUAUUUUUUUUGACAGAAAUUAG